AUGGAGGCUAUAUCAACGGGCGUCGGUGGUGGUGUUGCUGAUUCUAAUAAAACACUGGAGAGCAAAGUUACAUCUGGGGCGGCAACAGCGCUUGCCGAUAUCGAAAAGCUUGGUUUUGAAAUACAUAGUUAUUCCAGUUUUUCCACGAACUAUUUGCCUGAAAAUAUACUCGUAGAUUGUCCCAGUGACCAAUCGUCACGUUGGUCAGCACACACUAACAAUCCGCCGCAAUAUCUCACUUUGAAACUAAAACGUCCUGCCAUUGUGAAAAAGAUCAAAUUCGGGAAGUUUGAAAAAUCACACGUGUGCAAUAUAAAAAAAUUUAGAAUUUUCGGAGGUCUCGAUGAGGAGCGCAUGGUUUUGCUUCUAGAAGCGGGUCUCAAAAAUGAUCACGUACCCGAAAUUUUUAAUUUGCGCUGGAAGACCGAAGACGGUUCGGAAGAACUACCUGUGUCGUAUAUAAAAAUUGUACCAUUACUUUCCUGGGGUCCCACAUUCAACUUUAGCAUUUGGUAUAUAGAAUUGCAUGGUCAGGACGAUCCAAUGUAUACCAGUGCGAGCUUAAAGAAAUACAAUAUGUUGCGUGAAAAAGAAAUCGUUAAAUUGUGCCUGAAACACUUCCGCCAGCAGGGCUAUGAUGCGGCAUUUAAAGCUUUGCAGGAACAAACACAGGUACAGUUGGAGCAUACGCUGAUAAGCAAACUACAUAAGUACCUUGUCGAAACUGGAGAUUUCCAUAAAGCUGAACAAUUUAUAAGUAAGUGUGUAAAUCAGGGGCUUAUGGAUUCGUAUCUAAAGCGCCAGGAUUACAAGCAUACUUGGCGUAUUCAACACACGCAAAGCAGUACGCAGCCAGGCACCCGCGGAGGUCAUCAAUUAGUUGUAGAUACUAAAAAACAUUUAGUUUAUCUGUAUGGCGGUUGGGACGGCUUCCGCGACCUUAGUGAUUUGUGGGUGUACGACAUAACAAAUAACAGUUGGACACUUCUUUUCGAGAAUACUGAGCUUUUUAAUGGACCUACCCCGCGUUCAUGUCACAAAAUGGUCUUCGACUCAGUUAGUGAAAAUAUUUUUAUGCUGGGUCGCUAUUUGGAUAACUCCAUACGCACCACUGAUUACAUAAAGAGCGACUUCUUCCUUUAUGACACACGGGCGCGAACUUGGCUCCAAAUAUGCGACGAUACAAGCCAAGUAGGUGGACCACACCUGCUCUACGACCAUCAAAUGUGUAUUGACAGCGAUAAACGAACAAUUUAUGUUUUUGGUGGAAAAAUACUCACACCUCGUAGUGUUUCGAAUAGUACAACAACCGAAGCGGAGUACUCGGGUCUAUUCUCUUAUCACAUUGCCACCAACACUUGGACACAGAUACUUGUCGACUGUCACCAUCCAAGUGCAGCACAAGCAGAUGUGCUCUCGAUAAAGUCACGCAUUACUCAUUGUAUGGUGUUUCAUACGAAAAAUCGCAAACUAUAUAUUUAUGGAGGUCAGAGGGGCAAAGAAGAUAUCGAGGACUUUAUCGCCUAUGAUGUAGAUACGCAGGCCAUAUCUGUGCUGAAUAAUACUUGUGGUGGUGCCGCUGGCAGCCGCGCCUGUAAGCACCACAGUAGUAGCGAUGCAGCAAACGAACCAUCACCAGGCUACACGUUGCGCGCUACAAUCGAUUGCGAUCGCGACGAAAUUUAUAUCUUCUCAAGUUUGAGUAAACUGAAAGAUCGCCGGGAUAUUCAACAUAUUGGUGCUUCGAACUCAUUUUGGGUAUAUUCGCUGAUGACCUGUAAGUGGUCCCGCAUUUAUACAUGCCGUCACAAUGUUGAAACUGGAAAUGUAGCCAUGAAGAACGACUUGCUUGAGCCAUGUCCUCGCUACGCUCAUCAACUGGUAUACGACGAUGCAGCAAAAUUGCAUUAUCUUUUUGGCGGGAAUCCUGGCAAGUCGUCACUACCGCAAAUGCGCUUGGACGAUUUUUGGACACUUGACUUGGAAAAACCUAAAAGGAGUGAAAUACUAAUGCAUUGCCGGUACCUUGUGCGUAAGCUGCACUACGAAGAAAUGGCACGUGCCGAACCGUUGAAGGCAAUGCAGUAUUUGCGCAAUCACGUCGCCGAAGUCAUUGAUCAUUCAAACGUCGAGCAACUAAAUAAUUUCCACAAGUUAGCAUCCCUGCUAUUUCGCACAGAUGAUAGUUGCAGCAGUGUAGCCGGGCGGUCCCCAUUAACAACACCGCCACUAGGUAAAACACUGAAAAUGGACAGCAACAUACAGGUCGACAAGACAGCCAUCGACACAAAUACAGAAUCGACUGAAAGCGUUCAAAAGAAACCAGAAGAAGGUAUUUUAAACAAAUCUGAUUCACACAACGAUGCCAUCAAUAACACAGCAGAUCUGUCAAUAGAAUCUUGUGAUAGCACAGCAACAUCUUCUUCCGUUUCAGCAUCUUCCGAUUCGGCAGUCUCAACCAGUUGCUCGCUGUCGCAAAGUCGCCGGAAUAGCAGUAAACGCGCAUACGAUGAUCAUCUGCUCGAAUUGCGUAGACGGCGUACUUUUCUCUUCAAUAAGAUAGUCCAGCUAAUGCCAGCCAAUAUGGUGCAGCCGGUAAAAAAUCUUAGCGAUUUUGUUGUAAUGUAAACUAUUAUUCUAUACAAAUGUACCCCUUGGUUAAGUGAACUCACUUUUUAUUACACUAUUAUUUUUGGAACUCUGAAAGAUGAAUUGAACUACUGAAGAGACAAAUCGUAUAUACCUUUUUAAUUAAUGUGAAAGCUGCCCUGUUAUUUAGUGAUUGAAAUUGCAACGCUAAUUCGAAGUUCUCAGUUUUGCUCUUGCUCUCAACUUGAACAGAUGAGCAGUACAGCAGAUAGCGCAAAGCACGGCGGCAAGAAGAGGAAAAGUAGAAAGGAAUAUUGCUUAUUUAUUGUUUUUGGCGCAAAGCUAAGUUCAAAUAUAGGAUUCAGAUAAAACUAAAACGGAAAUAUGCCUUUCGUUAGUUUGCGUCUAAUGUAAAUAAGUAAAUCGUUAACUGCCAGUACAUUGCAGCUACUCAGACUACAGCAGUUGGUAAAAAAGAAAAGGAGCCCCAUUUUUCGGCUAUUGCUCUAAGCUACAAGAGGUAAAGAAAUGUAGCUCGGAGCGGAGCGAAACUGGUGCUACCAUGUUUGGCGAGGCCUGCUCUACUCAUCUGUUCAAGUUGAGAGCAGUAACGAGAGCAGCGCAAUAUUUUCGUUAAUUUUGCUGCUAUGAAAUAGUUGAUGCAAACAAAGCUGUGAAGAUUUAAAAUCACUCGCAGGAGAACUAGGUUAAAUUGCUUUGAAAGCUUUUGAAAAGCCCAUAAUGUCGAUAACGAAAUUUUUUCGUAGAGAUGAUUUAAGAAUUAAACGUAGAAAGAAAUAUUUAUUUAAAAACUUCCAUAUUUUGACUAGUUUGUAUUUCCAGCAUAUAGGUUUUCAGAUACGAAUGCAUAAAUAUUGUUUUUUAUGAAAUGUAUGAGAUAAGCGCGUUGUUCAUAUUUUCUCUGUCAACAAUAAAAUAGUACUGAUUUUUUAUUAUACAUUAUACAAAUUGAACUAUUUUUUAAGCGAAAAUAAUACAAUAAAAUAUUAACAUAGAUUUCUUACAAUA